UUGUAGUAGCCGUAGCAGUGGAACGGCCUGGGGCUAUCUAUAUGUAUGAUCAGUAAUAGUGAGAUGGCGUGUUCGGUUAGAAAAAAAACCCACUAAAUUAUUAGAUUGAGUGAAGAAAUGGUUAUAGUACCAUCAAGUUGGGCAAGGUAUACGUCUAGGUUUGUCUAGAGGACGUGAAAGUGUUUAUGGUUUAGUUGUUUUGUAUUGUAUUAAUCUGUAAUACAGUUAGCUAGGCCUGUGUUGUUGUUGCAGUAAGCCUUACCAACUUUUAAAUCGUUGUUUCUUCUGUUUCAAAACUUAUGUAUUUGAUGAAUGUAACCCUUAAUCAUCAUGGGUUGUAGAGACAGUAAACUUGAAAAAGAAGUAGAGUUUGACAACAAUUUUUGUGGAAAUACAAUAAAGCCAGUCUUUGAAGUAAAUUAUUCGAAAGAAAAAAGUAUCAAGACGUCUACAAAUAAAAAACGUCAACAAAGUGGCGGAGUUCGCCGGCAAGGAACUGGGCCCGAAAGCCCGCGGGGUGGUAGAACCGGUAGGAAAAAACGUAGGACAGGAAGAACUAACCACGUUAAGCGAUCCCACUCAAAAACUGUGUAUGACCCUCGGAUCACAGCAAGAUAUAACAUCAAAGCUGUUAUAGGAAAAGGUACUUUUAGUCGCGUAGUUCGUGUUGAACACAGAAUUACAAAACAACCUUAUGCGAUCAAAAUGAUUGAAGCCCCAGGAGGAAGAGAGGUUUUCGAAGCAGAGUUAUCAGUAUUAAGAAGGGUUAACCAUCCAAAUGUUAUUCGACUAAUAGAAGUGUUUGAAAGCAAUGAAAAAAUAUACAUGGUAAUGGAAUUAGCAACAGGUGGUAAUCUCCUAGACAGGAUUGAAGCUCAUGGGUAUUUCAUGGAAUCUGAAGCAGCUCAAGUGCUGCAAAUGAUGUUGAAUGGGGUGAGCUAUCUUCACAGUCUAGGUAUUACACAUCGAGACUUGAAACCUGACAACCUUCUGUAUUAUCACCCAGGUAAUGAUUCACGUAUAAUGAUAACAGAUUUUGGAUUUGCAAGUACUCGCAAACCAAACGGAGACAUGUACAUGCAUACAGUUUGUGGUACACCACAGUACAUUGCCCCAGAAAUAGUAGCUCGUCGACCCUAUACGUGUGCCGUGGACAUGUGGGCAGUUGGGGUCAUAUCAUUUAUUCUUCUUUCCGGGACCUUUCCUUUUGAUGCCACACAAGAUUCUAUGAUUUUAAAACUGGUACUGAAAGGAGCCUACACCAUGUCGUCAGAGGUCUGGGAAGAAGUUUCGAACGAAGCCAAAAAUUUUGUACGGUCACUUCUUCGGUGCGAUCCCAGGCAACGUUUAACGGCUGUUCAAGCAUUAAAACACCCGUGGAUUUUGGAAGGGCCCGGUAGCCCGUCCUCGGAUCGUAGGAGGUCUGCCACGCUUUCUACACAAGGCCUUCGCUACACCGCUAGUCAGAAGUCGGGAUCGGGAUGGUCGGUUCAGUCUUUACGUUCCGGACACCGAAGGGUGGGGGUUCACCACCUCGAGGAAUUACAAGCGGACCCCGAAGUCGCAGGAAUGAUAAGGUAAUUCCAGGAGAUUGUACAUACUGUAACUAUCAGACAUUUUAACAGACUGUGAAAAGGAAAAUAAGAAGAGACUUUCUGGUAUGGCUUUACAAGAUGUGAAGAACUGCUUAAAAAAAUUAUAAUUCUCAAUAUUAGAUAACAGAUCACUCACUACGUGUGAAAUGGAGGUUAUCGCUUCUUGUAUAACACCUAUCCAGAGUGAACUUCAUUAAACGAACUUACUCAGAUUAUAAAUUUCCAUAUUUAACCUGUAUUCUCAAACGGUUGUACAAACUACACACGUUACUGGGUGUAAAGUAUUUAUUUUAUCUUGUUGUAUCAAAAAGUACGAUUAAUAUUUCUAAUGUCUCAACAGGAAAGAUGAAAAACAAACAACUUGAAGAUUUUUUAAUAAUGUUAUUUAACUGUUAAUUUCCACAAUAUUAUGAAAGUUGGUUUUAUUUUUUAAGAUCAAUUCUGUACAAGUAACCUUGUAAUAAUUAAGUUGUAGAAACCUAU